CGGACCUUCCAGGCAGGGGUGACACAGCUCCAAAUCCUCACGCAGAACGCGCUCCAUGGGCUGCUAAACAAUUAUACCGCUCCAGAAGAACGACAAGCAUUCGUUUCUACUCUUAAAGAACUCACGCCGGACGUGAACCAGGUCGUCACGUGUGCAAGUUUCGAGUUUUAAAAGUGAAAGUCGGUUUAGGGGAUGACUCGUGUUUUAAUGAAGAUGUGUCGGACGAGCUGGUGAGUCCAAAUGGUAGAUGUGAUCGGAGAGCUUUAAAACGAAGUGCGCCGCAACUUUCCUCAUCUCGACGAGAGACGCACGAAGGCUAACCAGGCACGCGAGCGCGCGCGCGCGGGCUGUCAAAAUCCACCGCCAGACUAAUCCUUGUCCGCUGGCAAGCAGUGUUUGGAGACUGGGUUUUACACACAGGUCGAAAAGUAAAACCUCGAAUCGGAUACCAAUGGUUUUCCUUUGGGACGCCAAAUACGACCAGGCCCCCCAUCGCCGAUUCACGCCGCCAUCCUCCAGCCUGGCCACGGGGAAGAUGAGCGAGGCUCUGCCCGCGAUGAGCGCGCACGAGGGCGGCGGGAAACUGCGCAUGUGUGACCGCAGCAUGGAGGUCCUCUCCGAGCACCCGGGAGAGCUCGUGCGCACCGACAGUCCCAACUUCCUGUGCUCGGUGCUGCCCACGCACUGGCGCUGCAACAAGACUCUGCCCAUCGCCUUCAAGGUAGUUGCCCUUGGUGACAUCCCUGAUGGCACACUCGUGACAGUGAUGGCAGGAAAUGAUGAGAAUUACUCAGCAGAACUCCGCAAUGCCACAGCAGCCAUUAAGAACCAGGUGGCACGUUUCAAUGACCUGCGCUUUGUUGGUCGCAGCGGAAGGGGGAAGAGUUUUACACUCACCAUCACUGUCUUCACUAAUCCCCCUCAAGUGGCCACCUAUCAGAGAGCCAUCAAGAUUACAGUCGACGGUCCAAGGGAACCCCGGCGUCAUAGACAAAAGCUGGAAGAAGCAGUAAAGCCUGGUGCUCUGGCCUUCUCUGAGCAGUUGCGGAGGAGUGCCAUGAGAUGCAGUCCUCACCAAGCUUCUGCACCCAAUCCCCGCCCCACCCUGAACACGCCUCCUUUUGGUAGCCCCACCCACAGCCAAAUACCUGACACCAGGCAAAUGCAGACGUCACCGUCCUGGACAUAUGAUCAAUCCUAUCCUUACCUGGGUGCUAUUUCUGCACCCACUAUUCAUCCCACGACGCCCAUCUCGCCCAGCCGCAAUCCAAUACACUGUUCGGAUCUGUUCAGUGACCCACGUGUCGGUUUGGAGCGUCCCUUCUCCUCCAUCCCCUCACUGCCAGACAACCGCUUCGCUGACCACCGCGUCCCGUACCCCACCGCAGCCUUCACCUACACUCCUACCACCGUCACCAACGCUAUAGGUAUCGGCAUGUCAGCCAUGACUGCCCCCGCUGGCCGCUACCACACUUACUUACCUCCUCCCUACCCUGCCGGCUCCUCCCAGGGCCAGAGCGGACACUUCCAAGCCAGCUCUUCCCCCUAUCACCUCUAUUACAGCAGCGCUACCGGCUCGUACCAGUUCUCUAUGAUGUCGGGUGGAAGUGGGGGAGACCGUUCACCCCCCAGAAUCCUGCCGCCGUGCACCAGCGCCUCAACGGGCUCGGCCCUCCUCCACCCCUCACUGCCGAAUCAGAACGACAUUGUUGUAGAGGCAGAGGAAAGCCACAGCAGCUCCCCAACCAGCAUGUCCUCUGAGGCAGUGUGGAGGCCGUACUGAGCACCAGCUUUACUCGAAACAGGACUGACAUGUUGACCAAUAUGAAGUAGACCGCUGAUGGAGGAGUGCAUGGACUCGUUUUUCCACAGCAUGAGACUCAGUUUUGUUUUUCCUAAGAUAAUUAUGGAUAAUUUGUUGUUGUUCUUGUUGUUGUAAUUAUUAUUAUUAUUAUUAUUAUUAUUAUUAUUAUUAUUAUUAUUACACCAGGUCCUUCUAUUUCUAGAUGAAUACACUGACAUGGCACUGUCAUCAAACUUGAAGAAGAAAAAUUAUACCAUCAUAACUGAAAAACAUUAGCCAGAAAAUGUAUAUCUGCCAAAACAGCUUGUAGGCUGGAAAUUAUUCAUUUGUGUAAAUGAAUGAUGAAUUUCACACAUAACUGCCUGGUCAUUUACAAUAACUAAAUAAGGUCUCGACCAAGCACUGAGAUUUCAGACCUUUGUGAUUGUCCAGUGAUUCACAAAUCUGGCCAUGCUACAUUGGAUUGCUUUGCCUGAUUUCCAUUUAAGAGUUAAAAGAGACCUAGAGCACUGUUGCCCAUGCAGUCCCAGGUUUAUAAGACUUUACCUCAUCAGUCACUGCCCUAUUAAGGCUGUCCUCUUACAGUGCAAACUCGUCUCUAUUGUAUUUCAGAUCUCCACCUGAUUUCCAGAUACAACUAGAUAGUGGACAGGUUUGGCUGUAACCCACACUUCACCCUUUUUUUAUGUAAAUAGACUGUAAACUACUUCUCACUGGUUAACUGGUGUUGGCGGUGACAGUGUCUUUGACCUCCACACUCGAGAAAACUAGAAAUGCUACAUAGCCUAUAUGUUUUUUUAGCACUGCUUUUAUUUUGUGAAUGUAAACCUUGUGAAGAAGCUGAUUGUUUGUAGA